GAUUUACGCGUUCUACUUCAGAUAUGGAAAAUUUGUUGAAUACUUUACUUGAUGAUUUGCGGGAUUGGAAACAAAUUGUUAGUGAAGCACAACAAAACCAUUACUAUUUGACCUUUUUCCUAGCACAACAUAUCUUGAAUUUUUAUGAUUAUUUUUCUUGCAACGAAAAUACUGUGACUACACACUCGAAUAACAAAGAAAAACAAUCAAUUUUCUCGAUGAUUGUCAAGAAUUUUUCAUAUAAUGAAAGUAUAACAAGGCUUAAUAUUAAAGAAGAAUGUUCAGUACUCUUGAAAUCUGUCAAUAAUAAAGCCGAACUGCCAAAUAUUAACUUUGAUAUCCUUAAAAUCCCUCUUGAAUCUAAAAAUUAUUAUGAUAUACUUUGCAAGAUUGGUACAAUAUUACAUGAUAUUUUCAGUCGAAUUCCUAUCACGCAACGUCAAAUGACAGCCGCUGUUAAGUAUGAAACAACAGACGUGGUCUGUCAGGGACGUCUUUUCAUAGCGACGUGUAACAAUAAAUUUCAAGUACCCAACAUUAUUAUGUCUUUAUAUAAUUCACAUAAUAAAUGUUAUCCAGAAGCAUGGCAAGUUCUAAUUUGUAAAUCUUCUACCACGACAGAAGAACUCUUGACUUUCACAAAACGAUGUUUUUUUGCCGCAAAGAAUGGAUACGGAGAGUACUUGUUUUGUAUUGCAAAUGUAGAAGUUUUGGAUUUUGAGUUGCAAUAUCAAUUGGUAUCAAACAUACGUUUCCUAUGUCAACAAGAAAAGGAAUUCUAUUUGGCCUUGAUCUGUUGUCUUGAAAAUAAUAUGCAUCAUCAUAUACUCGACCAAUUUUCAGAAAAUAUUCAUGUAACUCAAGGUUUUGAUACAGAUUCAAUGCGCAAUAUUUAUGAAGAAUUAUGUCCUUAUGUAUGGGUAGUUUCCUCUGAGUUAUCUGGACAAGGAAAGUCCAGGUGGAUUGAAAACCAAAGUUUAAAUCAUGGAUCAUCACCACGAAAAUUUUUAAUAAGUGAUGGGGUGACAUUUGGAACACUUGUACAUAAAUUAUCGGAGAUCAGAUUAAAAAACACAGAGAAUUUGCAUUUAAAUAUUAUGUUGAUAGAAAAUCAUUAUGAUGUAAACAUGUUUCUGUUUGAAUCUCUUUCAUUUAAAAUCGUAAGAGAUAGAGCCAAUUGCCUAAGCGUUCCAUCAGCAUUAAUAUAUAUAGAAAUAGAAUCAACCGUAAAUCAAGUUUUACUCAAUUCUAUUCCUAUUCUAGGACAUUUAAAAAGAAAGCAUUUGACAUGGGGUAUCGACAAUACAAUUGUUCCCCAAGAUGUAAAUAGUCCUAUUCAAAUUGUUUCCAGAUAUUUAGAUGCAUAUGAUCUUAAUCUAAUUAACACAGUUAAUAUCGACCUUAAUGAAGAACAAUUGAUCCCUGAGACACGUUGCCGACAAUUAUUACAAAAAUAUUUCUUUGAUAAGAUUGCUCAAGAUAUUAAAACUUAUCGUUUCCUUGAAAUAUUUGUUAACGUUCUUUCGGAUCAAUUGAAGCGAAUGUCGUCUAGCGCAUUUUUUCGCACUGAAACAUUAACCUGGAUGGAAGCAGACACUAACAUCCGAAGGACAUUGUUAGAAACGUUAAUAAAAGUGUCCAUGGAUUUCGCAACUCGUUCGGUAAAUACAAAGAAGAAUCAAUUCAGAAACUUGGCUAAUGAGGACAGGAAUCUAAUUAACACAACCAUCAAACAUUGGGAAGAUUUAAACCAUUUACUAGUAUUUUUCUUAUCACAAUCUCCUGAUUCGAUCUGUGCGCUUUAUCGUUAUAAAAGUAGAGUUCCGAAAAAUGUUGAAGAGUUGUUGAGAAGUCAAUAUUUUUCAAAGAAUUCCGAUUUUAAAUUAGAUGAUUAUGAUAAAAUGUCUUCAGAAGAAAUCUUGAAGAAAUUGGAAUGUUUAGCACGAACAACAUGUGAUGAGCGUGAAUAUGCACCAUAUGCGCUUUCAACAGAUAAUCUUUUAAAGAUGGCACUGAUUUUAUUGCGUUCUAGGGCAAAUAUACCAGUAGUAAUUUGCGGUGAAGCCGGAUGCGGCAAGACAAGUCUCAUCCAAUUUCUUUCAAUUGUUGUCGAUGUUGAAUUACGAAUUCUAAAUCUGCAUGCUGGUGUAACCAAGCAACAAAUACUUGAAUUUUUAUCUGAUGCAGAAAAAGCUGCAGAACAAAAUGAAGUGUGGCUAUUUUUUGAUGAAAUUAAUACAUGCAACCAUAUUGGUAUUUUCGCAGACCUCAUCGCUCAUAGGUUACUCUUAGGAAAAGAAAUUCAUAAAAAUAUUAGGCUCUUUGCAGCUUGCAAUCCUUAUCGUUUACGUCAAAAAGCUGAUACUCAAGCUGGACUUUUAGUUGAUAGAUAUGAGGAAAAGAACAGCCUUGUCUAUCAAGUACGACCACUUCCUGAUCAGAUAUUAGAUUAUGUGUGGGAUUAUGGUGUUUUAAAGUCUUCAGAUGAAAUGAUUCAUAUAAAAAUGAUGACAAAAAAGUCCACGGAAAACUUAAAAAAUACAAAUUUAUUUACAGAACUUUUAUUUGAAUCACAAGAAUUUGUAAGGAUUCAUGAAGGAGCACAUAGUGUUAGUUUGCGUGAUAUAAAAAGAGCAAUAAUCGUAUUUGAAUUUUUCCGCAAAAGUCUUGUUGACCGUCAAAAUAUAGCUGAAAAACUAUUUAAAACAGAGAACAUUGGAUCUAAAAUUUUACGCACAGCAACUAAUCUAAAAUCAUAUUUUGAAAAGCCAAACAAUAUUAUAAAAUCCUAUAUAUUAGCACUAAGUCUUUGUUACCAAGUCAGAUUUUUUGACCAAAAGCUACGCAAUCAAUAUCAAGACAGAAUGUGUGAAAUCUUUGAAAAUCAUGGAGUAAAAAUAAAUUCUAAAAUUUUUUCGGAGGUUAUUCAGGAUGAACAGAAAGAUUUUAUGAAACGCAUGACGAAACCGAAUAUGGUUGCUGAGAACUUUGCUCUCCUUGAAAACGUACUCGCAAUUACUGUAUGCAUAUUAACACGCAUUCCACUAUUUAUCAUUGGUGCUCCGGGAGCGUCAAAAUCUCUAGCUAUUCGUAUUGUUAGUCAAAGUCUCCGUGGUAAUGAUUCAGAUGACCCAUACUUUAGAACUCUUCCACAAAUAUAUCUAGUUCAUUAUCAAGGAUCAUCAUCUUCAACAUCUGAAGGUAUUAUUACCGUAUUCAAUAAAGCAAACAAAUACCAGGAAGGCAACUCAGAAGAAUUUCCAUUAAUCACUGUUGUUUUACUUGAUGAAGUUGGAUUGGCCGAAAAAAGCCCUCAUAAUCCAUUAAAAGUUUUACAUUCUUUACUCGAGCCAAAUUAUCCUGCAGAACUUCCAGAAGUUGCAGUUAUUGGAAUAAGUAAUUGGAGACUCGAUAAUUCUAAGUCAAGCAGAGCCUUAUUAGUACAGAGGCCAAAUCUUGAAAGCAAGGACUUAAUUUAUACGACAAAACUAUUAUUGGGAGAGUGCACAGAAUCGCAAUUUAAAGCUUUAGUUGAUGCUUAUCUUGAAUAUAGAAAAAUUCAACCUAUUAAUAAUUUUCAUGGACUUCGAGAUUAUUAUUUCUUGGUUAAAAGCCUUGGUAGCGGAGAGGUUGCACAAAUGGCAUUAGCAAGGAACUUUGGAGGAACUAGUCAAAUGGAUGAACUUUAUGAAACUCAUUUUCGAAAAGUCAUAAAAGCAUUUCAUGGUUCUAUUGAUAGUUUCAAGAAUUAUUCAAUCGAAGAUCUCAUUAAAGCAAACCUAAAAGAUAAAAACUCACGUCAUUUAAUGAUCAUUGGAAAAAGUGAUUCAAUUGUUAAUAUCUUGUCAUAUAAAUUAAAGCAAUGGAAUAACGAUCCUAAAUUUAAUGAUACAAAUUUGGAUUUGGAACCCGUCGUUAUUUAUGGCAGUCAAUUUCCCAAUGAUUUUGGUGGUGAUUACCAGUAUAGUGUAUUAAGCCGUAUUAUGAUGUGUGUGGAAGUAGGAAGACCAUUAAUCUUGACGGAUCUUGAUAUUAUUUAUGGAAGUCUUUACGAUUUAUGGAACCAAAAUUACAUAACUGUAGGAAAGGAAGGAAGUCAAACAUUUUAUACACGUGUUGCAUUGGGUGCUUAUUCAAAUCCUAUGGUCUGCGUCCAUGAAAAUUUUCGUUGUAUAUUAGUUCUUGAUGAAAAGAAAGUUGAUUAUUCGGACCCUCCACUAUUAAAUCGAUUUGAAAAACAAAAAAUGUCUAUCAAUGAUGCAAUAGACGAUAACAUGAAAGGGUUAUUAAAUAAACUUGCAGAAUGGUCAAACCAGAUUUCAAAUAUUGAAGCUGAAUCAGCAAAAUUCAAUGAGAAUGAUAUUUUUAUUGGAUUCGAUAAGGAAGAAACAUUGCAAAGUCUAGUAAUUUACAAUAGUAAUGAUCCAGAAUUAGAUGACGAAACGAAAAUUUUGCACAAGUGCAAAGAAAUGUUGAUAGGUAUAGCCAUGCCGGAUGGAAUUGUGCGCUCAAAAAAAUCGAUGUUAAGUAAUAAAGAAGUGGAUUAUUGGUAUAAAUUCUAUUUUGAACAACAAUAUCAUGAAAACUUCCCUGGCUAUAUUGAAUCAUUGAUGGAAGAUGCUAAAAAUGCACAAGGCUUUAAUGCAAUUGUUUAUACAUUUUCAAGCAUUAACACUGAUGUUGAAUCUUGCUUAAAUAAUAUUCUAAGGUGUCAGGUUGAUAAGCUCUCAACAUUCAAAAGUGAGGCUCAAUUCCAGUCCCGUAUUAAACAUUUCUGGUUAGAAUCCAAAGCUGAUAUUUUAAUUUUACAAUGUGAUCUGAAUUCAUCAAAUUCAGAAUGUAUUAAACUUGCAAAAUUUAUUAUUGAGCAAUAUAAAAAUGAAUUCAUUGGAAGCAAAUACUCUUUCGUACAGGUUAAACAUGUUUGCAUAAUUCUUCAUUUGAGAAAAGAAAAUGCGACCUCUACAGUAUCAUCAUUUAAUUUCAUGUGUGGAUGGGACCUAUUUUCUAUUGAAACAUUAACACCUCAAGAAUUUACUAUUGAAGACUAUUUAGAUAAAAAUUUGAUAAAUGUUCUGGAGACGGCAUAUACAUUCGAGAAAGUCAUUGAUCGUGAGUUAUUAUGGUGUUUGCUUUGCAUGGAAUUUCCACCAUCCUAUGAAUCAGCUGAUUACAUUAGGCAAGAAUUCAUGAAUUGGAUAAAGGAAAAAACAUUUGAGUUGCUACGCGAUAAACAAUUCAAGGACUGGCAAUUAAGCGUGGCAGUAAACAGAGAAGAUUUAUAUCUGUAUUCUUCGUUCUUAACUGCCUUACAAAUGUUUAUUUGUAAUCAGGUUAGAAAACCUAUAGCUCAACUCUUAUUUGCCUUGGAAAAAGUGUCAGGGCUUUUAAUUAUUGAUAGUGAUAGAUUAUUAAAUGAGGAAGGCUUAAAUGAUAAUGCUACAUCUAAUUUAUUCGAUUUCUGGAAACCGAUAAUUAUGAAUACCGAAAUAGUUAACGUUGAGAAUAUAAAGAUGCCCUACAUAAUAAAAAACAGUUCUAAUGGUUUAAAACUUCCAUUUUCAAUUUAUUUUAUGGAACAGAUUAAUAAAUUUAAAAGCAUAUACCAAGAUGAUUUAAGGAUGUUAGAAAGAGUUCCAGAAAAUCUCGAUAGAGAAACUGGUAAUCUCAAAUCACAAAUUAUCGACGAAUGCAUUGAAAGAUUUUCUGAGCACGUGAUUUCCAUGGUCCCUGUGUUGAAAAUACCACAGUUUAAAUUGCAAAAUGCAUAUUUCAAUGAUUUUACAACUAUUAUUUUGCACGGAAAAAUUGACAAUAGCAAAACAUUACGCAGGAUUAUAUCUCAUCAUAUGAAGCAAGAAGUACCGGAUCCCAUAAGACUUCAUACAUUUUGGUGGGGCAAUGAAGAUUUAAUCUUAACUGAGUUGCAAUUACUUUUACUACUUCAAAGCAUUUCGAAAGAAGAAAUUCUCAAUACAGCAUUUGAUGAAAGCAGUGAUUUUAAUAUCGAUAAUGACUUAUUAAGUCGAGUAUCAGAUAUUAUGAUUAAUGAACUUUUUAAUAUUAUUGAGGAUAAUAAUGAUUUGGAUGAUAACAAGGGCACACUUUACUUAUUUACUGGUACACGCCGUUCCCGUAGAUCUUAUCACAAGAGUAAUUCACAUCACAUGCAAACUAAACUUCAAGCUUGGCAACGUGAUGUCGCAAAGAUUUUGUUAAUUUCUUGCAGUUUGCCGAAUUCAUCCGACAAUCAAUCAUUAAAUGUGCUUCGAAUAUAUAAUGACUUGUCUAAAUCUAUCUCUUCUGCACAACUGCUUCAAAUUAAGCAAUACCAAUAUGAAAUUAGCCCGUUUUCAAAGCAGUCUAUUGACACAGUUUUCGAAAAGCUUGAGCAAAUAGAGCAAACAGAAGUUAGAUUAUCUUCAAGGCAAUCUUUUAUUUAUAGAUGUUUGAACACAAUUCCGCCUAAAUCACCUAUCCGUCGCUAUCUUUAUAAAAAAAUAUUUUCACAAGAAACAUUAACGCUUGCUUUCCCUAACAUUUACCUAAUUUUUGAGUCCGAAAAUAAAGAACUUGAAGGUUCAUUGUUUUUAAGUCUUAUUAAUGGUUCACAGAUACUAGAUAGUACAAGGCGACUGCAAACCAUUGAAAAUAUCUUAUCGAAACGAAAGAACUCAGAAAUGGCUGCAUUAUGUUGUGAUGUUAUUCAGACUCAGCUCUCCACAGAAUAUCAAUUUAAUGUACUAUCUAAAUAUCUUCAGAAAGCAACAAAUAUUUUGAUUAACAACGAUUCCAAAGAAUUGCAAAAAAUUACUGCCAUUGCUCUUUUGAAAGAAUUUGCAAAUGAAUUUUGGAGUAACAAAGAAUCAAUUAAUCUUGAUGAUUUAAAUAAAUGUUUGGAAAUCGUACACCCUUUGAUCCAUUCAUUCAAAAUAUAUUUGCUAAAGUCUUUAUAUUUGAAAGGAUUAGUGACUUAUGAAAUUGAACAAUAUUGUGAUGCACUACAACAAGUUUUACCUUGGGUCAGAAUUUUAAAAACUGAUUCAAAUAGCCGUCUUGGAUUUAAUCCUUAUUGGUAUUUUAACGAAUUUAAACAAGUUGAUUGUUUUUAUAAAAUAAUUUCUUAUAGUGAUGAGUUAACUGCAAAUAAUUUGUUAAAUAAUAUUGUUGGAGAUGGUGAGAUGACUCAAAAAAUUUUAUUAGCAGGAAUGAUAAUAUCAAAUUUUUAUCUCAUAAGAGCAUCACGUGAAUUGAAUCCGAAUGAAAAGACUUUAAUACAAAGGAUUUCUAAAUAUCUACAAUCAUCUCAACUUCCAGAGAAUUAUAAAAUGUAUCUUUUAAAUUUUAUGACAAAUAAUCAUCAACUAUAUGAACUAAAACCAAAUGUUAAAAGCACUUAUGUAUUUAUCUCGUCUGUUGCUGCUCAUGUCGUAGCAUUGCAUAUUUCAAACCCUAUGAACUCAUCUCCUCUAACCGGAUAUAUGCAAGAAUUAUAUGAUCACAAAGAUACUUAUAUAGUGACUUGUCCAUCAGAUGAGUUGGCUAUAUUAACAAAUGUCAUAAUAGCAAAUGAUUCGGGAACCAGAAGAUAUAAAUGUAAAUGCGGAAAUAUUUAUUUUAUCGGUAAUUGUGGACGUCCAGAUCAGAUUGGUACAUGUAAUCAAUGUAAAAACAGGAUUGGCGGUUCAAAUCAUGUACUUAAUGCGGGAAAUAUCGAUAUAGAUAGAAAUAGAAUAGAACACUCUGUGACUAUAAAUGAUAAAAAAGGGUAUUUAAUUGAAGAUAUAUUUGACGAAUUUCAUUCCGUUAGGACCUUAAAUCCAGCAUCUUACAGAAUUCUUCAUCUGUUCUUACACAUAAUUAUUGGCGUUCAAGCACAUUCAUCAACUACUAUCGCUUUUAUUAAUGAUCCGAAUAUUAAUAUUGCUCAAUAUUGCAAGAAACACAUUGAAAAUGAUUGGAAGGCAUUAAAAAGUAUUUUUAAUUGCGAAGAUGAAACUUUGGCGUUAUUCAUUCAUUCCAUACUUUCAGAUAUGUCGCAAGAACCUUCUCAAAAUGUUGAAAAGUUUGUAUCACCAGCUCAAAGAGAAUCUUGGGAAGAAUAUUUUAAUCAACAAUAUGUUUUACCAAAGAUUAAGAACUUUGUCGGAGCUGCUAAUAAUUUUCGAAUAAUGUUAGACAAAAAUGCAGAAAAGUCUGUUGAAAUUAAUGAGACUAUGGAAGUUAAUGAUCAUUACAAUGAGAACUAUUCACCUUUACUAUGGAGAUUAAUCGAAAAACCAGAUUUAGACAACCUUAAAUCUUACUGUAUGUCUAAUAUUGAAAAUAAAGAUGCAUUUCCAUUAUUAUACAUAUUCUUAAAACAUGAAAAACAUCUGGAUCUUAUUCAACUUCUUUUACCAAUUGUGAAAUUUACACAAAUACUGUCUUCAAGACUUUCCAAUGUAAUUGAAAGGCAAAGGGCACGUCAUUUAACUUUUCAACAAUUUAUAGUAGAUGAAAGCAAGGACGAUGAAAGUGGAACCACUGAAGAAUUUUUAAAUGCGGCAUUUAAUAGCUUUGCGGACUCAUGGAACCGUUUAACUCCUCAUGUUAAACGAUAUCAAUGUAAAGAGUUACCACAAGAAAUGCCAAAAAUAGAUAAUAAAACAUCAAUAAUUUAUGGAUUAUAUGAACCAACUGAUGAAUCUUUAUAUCUAUGCGCAACAAUAGAAUUCUUGGUCCAAUUGCAAAACGAUUUUCUAAAUGAUAUUAUAGAAGUUUCUUGUGGAACUUGCCAAUCAUUAAAAUUUAUUGAAGAAUCAGACGUUCAAGCAGGCAGAUAUUGUCUACAAUCUAUAAAUCUUGAAAAUGUAAAAUCAGAACAAAUAAUUAAAUACGAUGGCAUUUCCGAUGUUUUUAUAUAUUGUCAACAUGAUCUUAGGCUAGGCCAUGGCCGAGAAAUCUAUUAUGAUCUAUACAAGAUCGAAGCUAAAUUGGCUCAAGAAUUAGUGUAUGGAAAAAGGCUGAUCAAAUCAAAUAAAGAUCAAAUGCAUUUGAACACGUUUAUAUAUCACAAAGAAUUAUUUAGUAGAUCUAUGACAAUAUUAGAGGAAAUCAAACUUUUGAUACGUCAAGAACCAAUUCCUGUUGAUAAUAAACCAGAAAUAUCAGAAAAUCAAAUGGAAUUACUUUCGGCCUUAGAAAUAAUUAUUUGUUUCUUAAAACAAACGUCUGGAGGAGAUUGUGAUACUUUAAUUAGUGAUUAUAUAGAAAAUUGGAUGAAGUUAGGUUUGAAAAAGGAAAGAUGUUAUAAAUUAUUAAGAAGAACAAGAUUACAACUUAAACACAUCGUAGCAUUGUAUGAGUUAGUUGAAGAGCACGUUGCUGAUACAUUAAUAGCCGCCAAAUGUAUAUCUUCAAAGUAUAAGGUUGAAUUAGACGAACCUAUAAAGCAAAUUAUUUCAGAAGCAGUAUAUUUUGAACAAACCAAUUCAGGAAAAUCUGCAAAAAUUUCUGCAGAUGCAUUCUUAAUUGCUUUAAAAAGACUUAUCGUAAGAUAUUUGUCAAUUAAUAGUGAAACCAUUAAAGAAGAUCUUCCCCUUUAUGAUUAUAUUGGAGACGAUGAUAAUUCUCUUGGAUGUUGGCCUGAUUAUAUCUCUAUGGAUAUUAUAAAAAAUAAAUUCCCAACUGCUUUGUUAACUUCACAUAUAUACAAUAUAUACCAAUUUGUUAAAGAG